CUGUCCGUGAUCUGUCAGUUUGAUUUCUGGGCGCACCAGUGUGUUUUCUUUUCCCACCGAAAUGGACUGGGGAUUUGUGUGCUAAGUUAAUAAUCAGGCAUGCAGUAACUUAGUGAUUGGGGAGAAAUUGUAAACAUUGUAUAUUGUUCAUUUCUUUUUGCGUGAAACUAAAAACUGAUCUUUUGAGCCUUUUUGUAUGAUAGUGGUUUUUUGAAGGUUAUGCAGUUUAUCAUCAUUAUUACUGUGUUGUUAACAUAAAAGACUUGCUUUCCGGUAAUUUCAAACCGGUUUCGAAUGAAAGUGAAAAGUCUUUUGUUCGUAUUUCCUCUAAAGCGGUGCUAAUUUUUCAAAACGUUAUUUUAAGUUUGGAAUAGUGGUUGCUGCUCUUUGUUUCCUGGAGAUAAUGUGUUUACUCUAAGAAUUAUUUUCUCGUCUCGGAAAACUCUUUAAACUAAAUCAAGAUGAAGUUUGCAGAGCAUCUGUCCGCCCACAUCACUCCGGAAUGGAGGAAGCAGUACAUAAAUUAUGAUGAAAUGAAAUUAAUGUUGAGUAAAGUGAUAGAGGAAGCCCCUUCUCCAGAAUCUGUUGAACCAGAAAUCAUCACAAGGCACUUCAGUCAGUUUGAUGAGAAUUUCUUCCUAUAUUGUGACAAAGAACUUCAGAAAAUCAACGUCUUUUACGCAGAAAAACUUGCUGAGGCAACUCGCAAAUACGCAUCUUUGUGCGUUGAGUUGAAAGCAGCCCUCGAGCUAGGUAAAAAAAAGCAUGUGACAAGCGGGGCAGGGAACGAUAUACCUCCCAGGAAACUGCAAGAGCUCAAAUUGGCAUUCAGUGAAUACUACUUAAGUCUCAUUCUGUUGCAAAGUUAUCAAACUCUCAAUUAUGUAGGAUUUAGGAAAAUCUUAAAGAAGCAUGACAAGCUCCUGCGCGUGGACACCGGCUCCAAGUGGUGGAAACUCUGCAUGGAGACGGCCCAUUUCCAUACGAACAAUGAAAUCAGUCGCCUCAUCACAGAGACGGAAAACACAGUCACCCAAGAACUUGAGGGCGGAAACCGGCAGAAGGCGAUGAAAAGGUUGAGGGUUCCUCCACUGGGCGAACAGCAGAGUCCGUGGAUUACUUUCAAAGUUGGUCUCUUUUCUGGUUCCUUCCUAGUUCUUUUUUGUGCUGUUAUUUUAUCUGCCCUAUACCAUCAGAGCAGUUAUCAAGGCCUAGCCACAGUGUUUAGACUCUACCGAGCACCACUUCUGUUGAUAAUGUUCCUAUUUCUCAUCGGGGUCAACGUUUACGGCUGGAGAUCGUCCGGUGUCAACCACGUCUUGAUCUUCGAGUUGGAUCCCCGAAAUCAUCUAACUGAGCAACAUCUGAUGGAGCUGGCAACAAUAUUCGGAGUCAUUUGGGCCCUCAGUAUCCUCUGUUUUCUGUAUAGCAACUCUCUGAGCAUACCGCAGUACCUGAACCCCAUCAUUCUAGUUUUUGUCAUGGCUUUCUUCUUUUUAAAUCCAUUGAGGACAUUCCAGUCCGGCGCUAGAUUUUGGUGUAUUAAAGUCUUGUGGAGAAUGUUUCUAGCCCCAUUCUAUCAUGUUGGUUUCGCAGAUUUCUGGCUGGCUGAUCAGCUGAACAGUCUCGCAACAGUACUCCUUGAUUUCCAUUUUCUAGUCUGUUUUUACUUUACGUCUACUGACUGGAUGUCUUCUGCAGAUAUUCAUCCCUCUUUUGAUAAUUACUGGCUGUCAAGGGCCAUUGUUAACUGCGUUCCAGCAUGGAUUCGAUUUGCACAAUGUCUCAGGCGGUACUAUGAUUCUGGAGAAGCCUUUCCGCACAUUGCCAAUGCCAUGAAAUAUGCUUCCACUUUUUUUGUAGUCAUUUUCCAAACUCUUUUGGCAAGGACCUCAGGUUCUUACUCUGACAUUACUUUAAACCCUUUUUUCUACUGCUGGGUUUGUGCCUGCAUUGUCAACUCUCUGUAUGCUUACAUUUGGGAUGUCAAGAUGGAUUGGGGUUUGUUUGAUCUCUCUAGCGCAGAGUAUCAGUUACUGCGGGAAGAAACUGUUUACUCAAGCUCUGCUUUCUAUUAUUUUGCAAUCAUAGAAGACUUCAUCCUGAGAUUUACCUGGCUUUACAGUUUUUGGCUGACAAAUCAUGGUUAUGUGUCUGCUGAAAUGAUGACCACCAUAACAGCACCGCUCGAAGUUUUCAGGCGUUUUGUGUGGAACUUUUUCCGGUUGGAAAACGAGCACUUGAACAACUGUGGUAAAUUUCGUGCCGUCCGAGAUAUUUCCAUCGCGCCCAUCGACUCGUCAGACCAAACGCAAAUAGUGCGGAUGAUGGACGAUGACUGUUUUGUUACCAACCGCAAAGUUAGGAAACCUAACACAAAAAAAUCAACAAAAGAAGACAAGAGGCCACUUUUAACCGUGGAUGAUAAUCUCAGUGAAGCAGCCUCAUUCCAAACCCUAUGAAUGUGAUAUUUUUAUGUGUUUAAGUGCUGAUGUGUGGUCUAGAAGUUGAUCAUUGUGCUGAUGUACUAAGGAAAAGCGCUUUAUGAGCCUUCAGAUGUCGCCAAAUUUCCUUUGAUAAAAUAAGAGUUUUAAAGGAAACUUGUGAAUAUUUUUCUCUCAAUUCAUCAGAGAUAUUCAGUCGCAAUCGAAUCUGCAGCGUGUGAAAAUUUAAAAAAAAAUAUUCUUAGCUCUUUCAAAAUGAAUGUUUUAGAAUGAGGUUGUUACAGUCAAAGAAUACUGGGAAAUUUGAAGAAAUGAGGGAAACCUGGAAACGUCAGGGAAAAUGAUAAAAGUUCAGGGGAAAAUUGUUAAGUCACCUUUAUUUGCUAUCUAGAAUGGGUUUGACAUUUCCAACAACAAAUUUUGCGUGAAAACUAUCUCAAAUUAUGUAUGUUUAACCAUCUGUCAUAUCUAAAA